CUUCAAAAACCAGUAUUCAUCUCUCUCUCUCUCUCUCUACAUUCUCUUUCUAAAAAUGCGGUAUUAUUGUCCAAUACACUACUACCUGCUCUUGUUAGCUUUCACAUUAUCAUCAUCAAUGGCGGAAGCUGCUCACUAUUCCUCAACAAAUCUCACUCCAUCUUCUUCCUUGUCUUCCUCCUCAGAUGCCUCAUCAUAUACCGAUUGGAAACCAGCGCACGCCACUUACUACGCAGCAGCAGAUCCACGGGACGCCGUCGGAGGCGCCUGCGGUUAUGGAGACCUACUCAAGACCGGUUACGGCCUCGCUACCGCGGGAAUGAGUACGGCGCUCUUCGAUCGCGGCCAGAUCUGCGGUGCUUGCUUCGAGGUCAAGUGUGUGGAAGAUCUCCGCUGGUGUAUACCAGGAACUUCCAUUAUCGUGACGGCUACUAACUUUUGCGCACCUAACUAUGGAUUUACGGCCGACGGAGGCGGACAUUGUAAUUGGCCCAACAGUCAUUUCGUUCUUCCGAUUGAAGUUUUUGAGAAAAUUGCUAUCUGGAAGGCUGGAAAUAUGCCGAUUGAGUACCGAAGGAUCAAAUGCAGAAGGGAAGGGGAGAUUAGAUUCACAAUUGAUGGUUCAGGUAUAUUUAUAUCAGUAUUGAUCAGUAAUGUUGCCGGAGCUGGCGAUAUAGUGGCGGUUAAGAUUAAAGGAUCAAGAACAGGUUGGCUUCCAAUGGGUAGGAAUUGGGGGCAAAAUUGGCAUUUAAAUGCGGAUAUGCAAAACCAACCUCUCUCGUUUGAGGUUACUUCGAGCGAUGGGAUUACACUCACGUCUUACAAUGUUGCUCCUAAAAAUUGGGGCUUUGGACAGACUUUUUUUGGUAAGCAAUUUGAUUCGUAGGGAACAACCCUAAACACGCAAUUGGAUGUAUGAUGACUAAAUGAGUCUCGCAAAUCCAACCAACCAACCGAUCAAGCCCAUUUUGAUGGGCAUGAGAAGAUAGAAAGGUAUGUAUGUAUAUGAUUAAAUGGUUUAUUUUUGGGAUGAUUAAUGUGUCUUUUGUGAUCUUGGCAAUUUUAGACUUUGAGAAAUAUUGGUUCUAUAUGAUUCCUGUUUUGAAAAGUCUCUCUGUACUAA